CCUUCAAUCCUAAACUCUGUUUUCAGUCGCCAAAGAUCUUCAAAAUGCUCUUCAACGCACUUACGAUUACUGCACUGGUCGCAUGCGUCAAUGCCGCCGGUCGCGCCAUCGUGACCAACCACUGCACCGAUCCAAUCUACCUCUGGUCCGUUGGUGGCAGUAUGAGCGACCAGAAUAUCAUCUACCCCGAAUCAUCCUACAGCGAGCCCUUCCGCACUGACCCCCAAUCCGGUGGGAUUGCCCUCAAGAUCUCACCUAUCGAAGGCGGAAUCUCCAAACCCAACGUCAGCCAAACUAUCUUCGCUUACAACCUCGACACCAACCAGGUCUGGUACGAUAUGAGCGACAUUUUCGGUGAUGGCUUUGCUGGAAAAUCUUUGACGCUUAAGCCAACGGAUAGCACCUGCGAGAGCAUUGUGUGGGCUUCAGGCGAGCCGCCGGCGGGUAGUCAGAUUAAGGUCUGUGGGGCUGAGACGGACUUGGAGCUGACGUUCUGCACGCCGCCACCGGCGCAGUGCUUGCCUGCUUGGUCUCCUUGCGGGAAGAAUGCACUACCGGGUGAGACGAGACUGUGCUGCACGCACUGCAUUGGUGAUCAUCACUGUGUCCAGGCUCCGGGUUCUUGAGUCGAUGCGUUGCACUGUCAAAGCGGAUAAGAGUGGGUUAAAAGCUGGACAUUAGUUGUUUAGGGAGGAAAAGGAACUAUCGAGGUAAUGUUUAUAUCGAUAUGUAGUCUUGUUGUUUCAACAUGUCACUCAUUCAGACUCCAAUAAAUGCGACGCACUGUCUAUCACUGGUUCUUUGCUUGUGCUCCACUGGGGCCUUCUUUUCAU